UAAACAUAGAGCUCUGGUCAUAGUGAAGUGCCAACAAUCAGACAUAAAGAGAUCCCAUUCUCCCAACAAUAUUUCUAGCCUUCUUUACUGCCAUAAAUUCUAGAAAAUCCAAAUGGCUUCAAAAUGGCUUGAGCUGUGUGCACUUCUGGUCCUUAUGAUGAUGCUUUGCCGUGGAGCCACUGCUCAAUCAGGCUGCAUUAGUGUCCUAGUAGGCUUAGCCCCAUGCCUGAACUAUGUCACAGGAAAUUCCUCAACUCCAUCUUCUUCCUGCUGCUCCCAGCUUGCUACCGUUGUUCAGUCUCAGCCACAAUGCCUCUGUUCACUGCUUAAUGGUGGUGGCUCGUCACUGGGCAUUACGAUUAACCAAACCCAAGCUCUAUCACUCCCUGGAGCUUGUAAUGUGCAAACGCCACCAAUUAGCCAUUGCAAUGCUGCUAAUAAUGGUCCAGCAGCCCCACCAGUAAGUUCGCCAGCGAGUCCUCCAGCAGAUUCUUCAGAAGAUACCCCAGAAACUCCAAAUACACCAUCAAUGCCAAGCAUUCCUUCAGGAGGCGGUUCCAAGACAGUCCCAACAGCAGGUGGCACGUCGGCAGCGAACCUCACAAGAAUUCAACCUCAUCUCACCAUAUUCAUCAUUUUCAUUGCUUCAUACAUUUCAAUAAUUAGAUUCUAAGCUUUCUUUGAAGAUUUGGAGCUUGUUCGAUUGUCUGCAGCUAUAUGACAGUUGUAACCAUGUGGAGUCAAGUGUUACUGAAUUGUUUCCGAUGUAUCUUUUGUGAGAUUGUUGCAAGAAAUAAGAAACUGAUUCUAUGCCAA